CUGGGUACAGCAUCGAUCUCGAGUAGAAUGCAAGUUCCUUUCACUGUCCAUAUGUAUUGGAUCAGAUAUUCAUGAUAAAGAAAGUUAUUUUCCAAGAUGAUGCGCUACUCAGAAGAAGGCGAGCAAUUGAAAGAUAAAUCUAGAUGUGCCCACAUUCGAGCAAACUUAAAAAUGUGUUUAUUACAGAGUGAUUGUUGUAAAAUUCAUAAACAUACUCCAAGAGAAUGUCUUUUGAAAAAAGAUGGAACUGUACCAGAUGAUUGUUAUUUGCUGAAACAAACAUUUUUUGAAUGCAAACAUUCAAUUAUUGAUGGAAGACGAAGAUUUAGAGGACCCAAAGGUAAUUAGCGUUACCUCAUAGUUUCAGUAUAUUUUGUAUAUUCUGAGUUUGUAUGAUAUGAUAAAUCUAUGUCCCCAGUUGUAUAUUAUGCGCU